AUGGCCGCCGACCUGAAGCAGAAGCCGGCAGAGGCCAGCCAGAGCAAGAACUACAAGGGUUUCGUUGCUGGCGUCUUUUCUGGUAUCGCCAAACUGUCUGUCGGCCAUCCCUUUGACACGAUCAAGGUUCGCCUACAAACGACCGACGCCUCGCGCUUUGCGGGACCGCUCCAGUGCGUCGCGCAGACGAUACGCCAUGAGGGCGUGCGCGGACUCUACAAGGGCGCCAGCCCCCCGCUCGUCGGCUGGAUGUUCAUGGACAGCGUCAUGCUGGGCUCGCUGACCGUGUACCGGCGCCUCGUGGCCGAGAACUUCUUCGCGGACCGCGUGCCCACCCUGCCUCACGCGGACAAGACGGCGGCCGACGGCGGGCAGCCCAUUGCCGGCACGUCGGACGCCGUGGCGCACAUGCCGGCGCACGGCCACGGCAUCGCGGGCAUCAUGGCGGGCGCGACCGUGUCGUUUGUCGCGGCCCCCGUCGAGCACGUCAAGGCGCGUCUGCAGAUCCAGUACAAUGCGCGGGGGUCGGGGGAGCCGCGCCUGUACUCGGGGCCCAUCGACUGUCUCCGCCGCAUCUACGGCGCCCACGGCGUCCGCGGCGUGUACAAGGGCCUGUUUGCCACGCUCAUGUUUCGGUCCUUCUUCUUCUUUUGGUGGGGUUCCUACGACUUGUUUUCGCGGGCGCUGCGCGACCGCACGUCGCUGAGCGCGCCCGCCGUCAACUUCUGGGCCGGCGGCCUGAGCGCCCAGGUCUUUUGGAUCACGAGCUACCCGAGCGACGUGGUCAAGCAGCGCAUCAUGACGGACCCCCUGGGCGGCCGCCUGGGCGACGGCACGCCUCGCUUCCGGUCCUGGGCCGACGCCGCGCGCGCCGUCUACCGCGAGAGCGGCUGGAGGGGAUACUGGCGCGGGUUCCUGCCGUGUUUCCUGCGCGCGUUCCCCGCCAAUGCGGCGGCUUUGGUGGCGUUUGAGGGUGUCAUGAGACACUUGCCUUGA